AUACUUGUGAGAGUGAGAGGAGAUAUGUUUAUUCCAUGUGGAGAUUUUUAUUGUAGCAAUUUAUUACUUCGGAAUUUGUUAAUGCUAUUUAAAAACGUCGCCUAGGAGACACAGAUACGUACUUACUUUAAGUAUAUUUUGAGAUACUACCAAUCAAAAAGACUUCAGUAUGCAGUUUCAGAAAACAUCAGUUCUGUGGAAGAUCGAUAUAUCUCUACAACUUUUAGGCUUUUUACUGAAUGUCAUCGGUUAUUCUACCAAGUACAUUGGCAAAUUCGAGGAUUAUGCACAUGUUGGAUUAUGGGAAGCGUGUGACAACAGGAACAGCUGUUACGAUUUCGAGGUUAUUCUUUUCGAUACAGAGCCACAUUUAAUUAGCGCAGUUUGGGCCCGUGCGGCCCGUGCCCUACUUGGCAUAUGUCUGACCUGUCAGGCCCUGGUAAUCCUGUUGACACUUUCAGCUCUUGUCAUUAAACCAAACAAAUUCUUGGCCUGGUGUACUAUUGGACUGGCAUUCUUUUCAGUUCUUUUUGGACUAAUUGGUAUCGGGGUGGCGGCAGGAGAAAUUAAAAGACUUUUCAAACUGCGGUACCAUUAUGACUACAACGUGGGGUGGUCAUUUGACCUAGUCAUCGCUGGCCUGGCCAUGCUUAUAGCGGCAGGUGUUCUAUCUAUCGUUGAAGCUAAAAGACAGGAAAAAUAAGUUCACAGAAUGUUGAUUUGUUUUUCUAAAGUCUAAUUGUUGUUUAUUUUAAAUACUAAUAUUUGGUACUGUGUUUUUGAGCAGAGCAUUUAUUGUUAAACAUAUUAUUAGUAUUAAUCUAGUGUUGACCACACUACUUAUGUAUGUUGAGGUCAAAGAAACAGGUGAAAUCUACUUCACCUGCUUCACGGAUCUCGAGAUUUGAAAGAGAAACUUUUUUCAGCUCUAUGUUAAUCUUUUAGAUAUUUUCAUUUUAAAAGUGUAAUUUUUGUUUAACAUUAUGUUUUUAUUUAUCCAUUCAUGUUAAAUUAAUAAAACUUGAAAUUGUAUUUUACACAGAAUUAAAGUGUA